GGGCCGGGUUGCGGUGGCGGCGGCGUCCCCGCGGGGCCUCGCGUGCGCUCUCCUUGCUGUCUGCGGCCGGCCCCCGGCGAAGGUCAAGAUGGAAGAGAUCCUAAGGAAGCUGCAGAAGGAAGCGUCCGGGAGCAAGUACAAAGCCAUCAAAGAGAGCUGCACCUGGGCCCUUGAAACCCUGGAUAGCGUGGAUACCAUUGUGAAGAUCCCUCCACACUUGCUGAGGGAGAAAUGCCUGCUGCCUCUCCAGUUGGCUUUGGAAUCCAAGAAUGUGAAGCUGGCCCAACAUGCCUUGGCAGGGAUACAGAAGCUUCUGGCGGAAGAGAGGUUUGUAUCCAUGGAAACGGACUCUGAUGAGAAGCAGCUGCUCAAUCAGAUCCUGAACACCGUGAAAGUGACGCCUUCCCUCCACGAAGACCUGCAGGUGGAAGUGAUGAAGGUUUUACUCUGCAUAACGUACACCCCAACCUUUGACCUGAAUGGGAGCGCAGUGCUGAAGAUCGCGGAGGUGUGCAUUGAAACAUACAUAUGUAGCUGUCACCAGCGUAGUAUAAACACUGCUGUGCGGGCAACUCUCAGUCAAAUGCUGAGUGACUUGACUUUACAGUUACGACAAAGGCAGGAGAAUACGAUAAUUGAAAACCCGGAUGUACCGCAGGAAUUCAGGAGUCAAGGGUCAACCGUAGAGUCCCUCUGUGAUGACCUUGUCUCUGUGCUCACUGUUCUGUGUGAGAAGCUCCAAGCUGCCAUCAAUGACAGUCAGCAGCUGCAGCUUCUGUACCUGGAGUGCGUUCUGUCCAUGCUCAGCAGUUCCUCCUCCUCCAUGCGGCUGCACAGAGGCUUCACGGACCUCAUCUGGAAAAACCUUUGCCCUGCUCUCAUCGUGAUCCUGGGCAAUCCAAUUCAUGACAAAACUAUCACCUCUGCUCAUAGCGGCAACACGAGUACCAGCAUCGAAUCGGACUCUGCGUCUCCAGGGGUUUCUGACCACGGCCGGGGGUCAGGCUGCUCCUCCACCGCACCAGCCCUCAGUGGGCCCGUGGCUCGGACCAUCUAUUACAUCGCAGCUGAGCUGGUCCGGCUGGUGGGGUCAGUGGACUCCAUGAAGCCCGUGCUGCAGUCGCUCUAUCACCGUGUGCUGCUUUAUCCCCCACCCCAGCACCGGGUGGAAGCCAUCAAAAUAAUGAAAGAGCUACUUGGGAGCCCGCAGCGUCUCUGUGAUUUGGCAGGACCCAGCUCCACUGAACCUGAACCCAAAAAAAGAUCAAUUUCAAAACGAAAGUCUCAUCUGGAUCUUCUCAAACUCAUCAUGGAUGGCAUGACGGAGGCGUGCAUCAAGGGUGGCAUCGAAGCCUGCUAUGCUGCCGUGUCCUGCGUCUGCACCUUGCUUGGGGCCUUAGAAGAGCUCAGCCAGGGCAAGGGCUUGAGCGAAAGUCAGGUCCAGCUGCUGCUUCUGCGCCUGGAGGAGCUGAAGGACGGGGCCGAGUCGAGCCGAGACUCCAUGGAGAUCAAUGAGGCUGACUUCCGUUGGCAGCGGCGAGUCCUGUCCUCGGAACACACGCCCUGGGAGUCGGGGAACGAGCGGAGCCCUGACAUCAGCAUCAGCGUCACCACGGACACGGGUCAAACCACUUUGGAGGGAGAGUUGGGUCAGACCACACCCGAGGACCACUCCGAAAACCACAAGAAUGGCCUCAAGUCGCCAGCCGUCCAGGAGGGCAAGGAGACUCUGAGUAAAGUGUCAGAACCGGAAGCCGUGGACCAGCCAGAUGUGGUUCAAAGGAGCCACAUGGUUGCCUACCCCGAUAUAACUAACUUCCUGUCCGUUGACUGCAGGAUGAGGUCCUACGGAUCCAGAUACAGUGAGAGCAAUUUCAGCGUAGACGACCAAGACCUCUCUAGGACGGAAUUUGACUCCUGUGAUCAGUACUCGAUGGCAGCAGAAAAGGACUCGGGGAGGUCUGACGUGUCGGACAUCGGGUCCGACAACUGUUCUCUAGUUGAUGGGGAGCAGACCCCUCGGGACUGCCUGGGCCACAGGUCCCUGCGGACUGCGGCUCUGUCUCUCAAACUACUGAAGAACCAGGAAGCCGAUCAGCACAGCGCCCGGCUGUUCGUGCAGUCCCUGGAGAGCCUCCUGCCGCGCCUCCUGGCCCUGCCCAGCGUGGAAGAGGUGGACUCGGCCCUCCAGAACUUUGCCUCUACCUUCUGCUCAGGCAUGAUGCACUCCCCGGGAUUCGACGGGAACGGCAGCCUGGGCUUGCAGAUGCUGAUGAACGCGGACAGCCUGUACUCGGCCGCGCACUGCGCCCUUCUGCUCAACCUGAAGCUCUCCCACGGCGACUACUACCGGAAGCGGCCCGCCCUGGCGCCAGGCACCAUGAAAGAGUUCAUGAAGCAGGUCCAGACCAGCGGGGUGCUGAUGGUCUUCUCCCAGGCCUGGAUCGAGGAACUUUACCACCAGGUUCUCGACAGAAACAUGCUCGGGGAAGCCGGCUACUGGGGCAGCCCCGAGGACAACAGCCUUCCCCUCAUCACCAUGCUGACUGAUAUCGACGGCUUAGAGAGCAGUGCAAUUGGAGGGCAGCUGAUGGCCUCAGCUUCUAUGGAGUCUCCUUUCACCCAGGGCAGGAGAAUUGAUGACUCCACAGUGGCAGGUGUGGCGUUCGCUCGCUACAUUCUGGUUGGCUGCUGGAAGAACUUGAUCGACACUUUAUCAACCCCCCUGACCGGCCGAAUGGCGGGGAGCUCCAAAGGGCUGGCCUUCAUUCUGGGAGCUGAAGGCAUCAAAGAACAGAACCAAAAAGAACGGGAUGCCAUCUGCAUGAGCCUCGAUGGGCUGCGGAAGGCAGCACGGCUGAGCUGUGCUCUAGGAGUUGCAGCCAACUGCGCGUCAGCCCUCGCCCAGAUGGCAGCUGCCUCCUGUGUCCAGGAAGAGAAAGAGGAAAGGGAAGUCCAGGAACCCGGUGAUGCCAUAGCACAAGUGAAACUAAAAGUGGAGCAGAAACUGGAGCAGAUCGGGAAGCUGCAGGGGGUAUGGCUGCACACAGCCCACGUCCUGUGCAUGGAUGCCAUCCUCAGUGUCGGCCUGGAGAUGGGCAGCCACAACCCGGACUGCUGGCCACACGUGUUCAGGGUGUGCGAGUAUGUGGGCACGUUGGAGCAUACCCACUUCAGCGACGGCACCUCUCGGCCCCCACUGACCAUCAGCCAGCCUCAGAAGGCCCCCAGAGGCGGACUCCUCGGGGACCCGGAGAGCGAGGGCUCACCCCAAGAGCAGAGCCUGGAGCAGGGGAGCUCCCUGAGCGCGGCCCCCGUCAUCCAGCCCCUCUCCAUCCAGGAACUGGUCCGGGAAGGCAGCCGAGGCCGAGCCUCCGACUUCCGUGGGAGCAGCCUCAUGACGGGCAGCAGUGCCGCCAAGGUCGUGCUCACGCUCUCCACCCAGGCCGACAGGCUCUUUGAAGAUGCUACAGAUAAGUUGAACCUCAUGGCUCUGGGAGGUUUUCUUUACCAGCUGAAGAAAGCAUCGCAGUCCCAGCUUUUCCAUUCCGUUACAGAAACGGUUGAUUACUCACUGGCAAUGCCAGGAGAAGUGAAAUCCACCCAAGACCGAAAAAGUGCCCUCCACCUGUUCCGCCUGGGGGACGCCAUGCUGAGGAUCGUGCGGAGCAAAUCGAGGCCCCUGUUCCACGUGAUGCGCUGCUGGAGUCUUGUGGCGCCACACCUGGUGGAGGCUGCCUGCCAUAAGGAAAGACAUGUGUCUCAGAAGGCAGUUUCCUUCAUCCAUGAUAUACUGACGGAGGUUCUCACCGACUGGAAUGAGCCACCUCAUUUUCACUUUAAUGAAGCACUCUUCCGACCUUUUGAGCGUAUCAUGCAGCUGGAGUUGUGUGACGAGGAUGUCCAAGACCAGGUCGUCACAUCCAUCGGUGAGCUGGUUGAAGUGUGUUCCACCCAGAUCCAGUCGGGCUGGAGGCCCUUGUUCAGUGCCCUGGAAACAGUGCACAGUGGGGACAAGUCUGAGGUGAAGGAGUACCUGGUCGGUGACUACUCCAUGGGAAAAGGCCAGGCUCCGGUGUUUGAUGUAUUUGAAGCUUUUCUCAAUACUGACAACAUCCAGGUCUUUGCUAAUGCGGCCACUAGUUACAUCAUGUGCCUUAUGAAGUUUGUCAAAGGACUGGGGGAGGUGGACUGUAAAGAAAUCGGAGACUGUGUCCCAGGAUCCGGAGCCACGUCCCCAGACCUGUGCCUCCCUGCCCUGGAUUACCUCAGGCGCUGUUCUCAGUUGUUGGCUAAAAUCUACAAAAUGCCCUUGAAGCCAAUAUUCCUUAGUGGGCGACUCGCUAGCUUGCCCCGAAGACUUCAGGAGCAGUCAGCAAGCAGUGAGGAUGGAAUUGAGUCAGUCUUGUCUGACUUUGAUGAUGACACUGGUCUGAUAGAAGUCUGGAUCAUUCUGCUGGAGCAGCUCACAGCAGCUGUGUCUAACUGUCCACGUCAGCACCAACCCCCGACCUUGGAUUUGCUCUUUGAGCUGUUGAGAGAUGUUACCAAAACACCUGGACCAGGGUUUGGCAUCUAUGCAGUUGUUCACCUUCUCCUUCCUGUGAUGUCCCUUUGGCUUCGCCGUAGCCAUAAAGACCAUUCUUACUGGGACGUGGCCUCUGCUAACUUCAAGCAUGCCAUUGGUCUGUCCUGUGAGCUGGUGGUGGAGCACAUUCAGAGCUUCAUCCACUCAGACAUCAGGUACGAGAGCAUGCUCAACACCAUGCUGAAGGACCUCUUUGAGUUGCUGGUGGCGUGUGUGGCCAAGCCCACAGAAACCAUCUCCCGAGUGGGCUGCUCCUGUAUUAGGUACGUCCUCGUGACAGCGGGCCCCGUGUUCACGGAGGAGAUGUGGAGGCUCGCUUGCUGUGCCCUGCAGGACGCCUUCUCGGCCACGCUCAAGCCGGUGAAGGAUCUGCUGGGCUGCUUCCACAGCGGCACCGAGAGCUUCAGCGGGGAAGGCUGCCAGGUGAGGGUGGCGGCGCCGUCCUCCUCCCCCAGUGCUGAGGCCGAGUACUGGCGCAUCCGAGCCAUGGCUCAGCAGGUGUUUAUGUUGGACACCCAGAGCUCCCCAAAGACUCCAAACAACUUUGAUCAUGCUCAGUCCUGUCAACUCAUUAUUGAACUGCCUCCUGAUGAGAAGCCAAAUGGGCACACCAAGAAAAGUGUUUCCUUCAGGGAAAUUGUGGUGAGUUUACUAUCCCAUCAAGUGUUACUCCAGAACUUGUAUGAUAUCUUGUUAGAAGAGUUUGUCAAAGGCCCCUCUCCUGGGGAGGAGAAGAUCCAAGUGCCAGAAACCAAGCUGGCUGGCUUCCUCAGAUACAUCUCCAUGCAGAACUUGGCCGUCAUCUUUGACCUGCUGUUGGACUCCUACAGGACGGCCAGAGAGUUUGACACCAGCCCUGGGUUGAAGUGCCUGCUGAAGAAAGUGUCUGGCAUCGGGGGCGCUGCCAACCUCUACCGCCAGUCUGCCAUGAGUUUUAACAUUUAUUUCCACGCACUGGUCUGUGCUGUUCUCAGCAACCAGGAAACCAUCACUGCUGAGCAAGUGAAGAAGGUCCUUUUUGAGGACGACGAGAGGAGCACAGAUUCCUCCCAGCAGUGUUCAUCAGAAGAUGAAGACAUUUUUGAGGAGACCGCCCAGGUGAGCCCCCCUAGAGGCAAGGAGAAGAGGCAGUGGAGGGCUCGGAUGCCCUCCCUCAGUGUCCAGCCCAUCAGCAACGCGGACUGGGUGUGGCUGGUCAAGAGGCUUCACAAGCUGUGCAUGGAGCUGUGUAAUAACUACAUCCAGAUGCACUUGGACCUGGAAAACAGUAUGGAGGAGGCACCGAUCUUUAAGAGCGACCCUUUCUUCAUCCUUCCCUCCUUCCAGUCGGGGUCAUCCACCCCGUCCACUGGGGGCUUCUCGGGGAAAGACACACCUUCCGAGGAUGACCGCAGUCAGACCCGCGAUCACGCGGGCGAGCCGCCGAGCCUGAGGGGGACCAGCGGGGAAAUGCUGCUGCUGCCCCCGAGCCCCAAGGUAGAGAAGAAGGACCCCAGCCGCAAGAAGGAGUGGUGGGAGAACGCCGGCAACAAAAUCUACACCAUGGCAGCCGACAAGACCAUCUCAAAGCUGAUGACCGAGUACAAGAAGAGGAAACAACAGCAUAACCUGCCCACCUUCCCCAAAGAGGUCAAGGUGGAGAAGAAGGGAGAGCCACUGGGGCCCAGGGGCCAAGGCUCCCCGCUGCUCCAGCGGCCACAGCACCUGAUGGACCAGGGGCAGAUGCGGCACUCCUUCAGCGCUGGCCCCGAGCUGCUGCGCCAGGAGAAGAGGCCCCGCUCGGGCUCCACCGGCAGCUCCCGGAGUGUCUCCGCAAGGGACGCCGAAGCCCAGAUCCAGGCAUGGACCAACAUGGUGCUAACAGUUCUCAAUCAGAUUCAGAUCCUUCCGGACCAGACCUUCACAGCGCUCCAGCCAGCAGUGUUCCCGUGCAUCAGCCAGCUGACCUGUCACGUGACUGACAUCAGAGUUCGCCAGGCUGUGAGAGAAUGGCUCGGCAGAGUGGGCCGUGUCUAUGACAUCAUUGUGUAGAAGACUCACAUUCCAUUCCCAAGGAGAUACACCAGGAGGGUUUAGAGUAUGUCUGCCAAUCCAGCUGAUAGCAUUUUCCCCACCACCAGCCCCCGCGACUCAGAGAACACCCAGUUGCUCCCUAACUAAUCAGCACUGGGGCCAUUCUGGAUACUAAGGUUGUAUCUGGAUGACACAAGUGAAACUCUAAAUUUGCACAUAAUUUCAGAAGACUCUAUAUUCCUGGACACAUUUCUAAAUCUUAU